GGUUUGUGACACUUCUGCCGGACGAGAUGUGCCUUGAAGUUGAUGCGAGUCAUCUAUUCGAGAGACGAGACGUCUACUUGGUUCUGCUGAAAGUUUUGCGAAAUAUAGUUGCUCGUUGCGCACUUCCUUGAAAUGUUCCGCUUUCUGUCCAUGAAGGAACAUAUGACAUAAACGAUUUCUUGUGUUCACAUUAUCUGCCAUCAAAUCUCCCUCCCGGUCACACGACAGGGACCAUGAAACACCGCGCUUUCACGGUCCUUCUCAACGUUGCUUGCGGACUGGUGUUCGGACAGGCAACAGUCUAUACCAAUGGUGAAUCUGGAAAUGGCCAGAUAAAAGGCAGCGACGACUCGAAACACGCUGCAGUGCGACCUUUUGCCGUCAAUCCAAACCGCGAUGUACCCCAUCACUACCAAUUCGAGAAUCAUUCGUCUCGCAAGGGCGUAUCAUCGUCCUCCUGGAGUAAGACUGUCACUGUAGCUGUGUCAGCAUGUCCCACCGCCACUGUCAACUCAAGUCAUACAAGCCCAGGUCCCUACACAAGCAAGACCUGCCGCUCGAUAGUGACCUCCACAACCCUGACAACCAUCAAACCAAUCACCACUGUCACCUACGAGAUCAACCAUGGCCGGGGCACAAUUGACGGAGACCCGUUCACUUCGUAUGAUCACAUCCAACUACGACCGACUACGAUAUAUCCAACGACCCGGUAUACCGUUGCUGCCACUUUCACGUCAUUGGCUUUCGUCACCCCGAGCACAACCUUGGGUACCUUCCGUACCAUCAUUGCAACUCCGCCUCCUGACUUUCUGCCAAUCUCAAGCACACUUCCGCAAGCAUAUAUUGGUCAGAACUGGAACCGCAAGCGUUCACCACGAAAAGAUGUAUGCAGUCCUAUGACCACCACCAUCACCAAAAGCGUGAUGUUGCCGACUGCCACGAGCACGGCAUACACGACGCUUUCGGGCAUCAUCUACACGUUCUCCGGGCCGAGCCUCACCUUGGAUGAAGUCGCCAUUUCAAAAUUCGACGCAACUUACACUGGGCCUGUGACCGUUACUGCGACAACACCUCAGAUCGUCACGACAUCACACCAAACUACGAUCACGAAAACAAUCACUCUACCCGUACAGACAGUCACUGCCACCACAUCCUAUGUGUACCCCGCCUGCGAAACCGACACCAACCUCAUCAGCGCUGUACAGCGGGGUGCCGAUUACUUCGGCAUCAUUGCUACCGCAGCGGAAGAUAUCAAUCCUGAUGGUAGGUAUAUCAGCAGUGAGGAUUGCUGCAUUCGCGCGUUUCGGCUUGGGGGAGUCGCGUAUUGGCAAAAGACUGUUAAUCAGCAAUGUCUCGUCUAUCGUGUCGCGGCAGACAACAGAUGCGUGCAGAGCGGCCAUAAUGUGACGGUGAAUGCCCAACCACUUGGCAAUCCUUACAGCGAAGUCGGUGCAAUGACUGGCAAUGGAGUUUGUGGCCGAGUCACCACCCCAAACUAUCAGCCACCGUCAAAUGGACCACCCAGAUACAAAUAGGUGGAAGAAUGGGUAUCGUAGUACAAGAUA